UCUCUCCUUUAUCCCUCAAAAACUCUCCCUUCCAUCAGCUUCGCUUCUCCUUUGGUUUCAGUGCUUAAAUUCCCUAUAUAUUACACCUCAUAAUAACCCUUUUCUCUUCAUCACUCAUCACUCUCUAGUCUUCUCUUUUUACAAAAUCUAACUUCAUCCCUCUUCUUGGAAAAUGUUGGCCAUGGAAGAGCUUCUGUUUGAACUCACUGGGGAAGAUAGAAACGAGCAAGGUUUGCCUCCAGGGUUUAGAUUCCACCCAACUGAUGAAGAGCUUAUAACAUUCUAUCUUGCUUCAAAGGUCUUUCAUGGGAGCUUUUGUGGAGUGGAAAUCGCUGAAGUUGACCUCAACAGAUGCGAGCCCUGGGAGCUUCCAGAUGUGGCAAAAAUGGGGGAGAGGGAGUGGUACUUCUUCAGCCUGAGGGACAGGAAGUACCCAACAGGGCUGAGAACAAAUAGAGCAACCGGAGCUGGGUACUGGAAGGCCACAGGCAAAGAUAGGGAAGUGUACAGUGCCUCGAGCGGUGCUUUACUUGGCAUGAAAAAGACCCUCGUUUUCUACAAGGGCAGAGCUCCCAGAGGCGAGAAGACCAAGUGGGUCAUGCACGAGUACCGCUUGGACGGUGAUUUCUCCCACCGCCACACGUGCAAGGAGGAAUGGGUGAUUUGCAGGAUAUUUCACAAAAAUGGGGAGAAGAAAAAUGGCCUUGUGCAAGGGCAAGGCUUCCUCUUGGAAGCUGCUUCCCCACCCAUCUCUAGUUCCUUGCCUCCAUUGCUUGAAGCCCCAUCGACAAUAUUAGGAUGUCAAGCUCAGGCUUCAACGGGGGCCCUCCAAAAUCAUUUUCUGAUUCACCACCGAGAAAGUGAUCUCAAAAGUUUACUUCUAAGUCCCCUAGUCUCCCAAUGUCACAAUGUAGUCUCAGCAAACGGGUUAUUCCAACCGAUUUCACCAGCUCCCAUCGCAAUCAAUACCAGAGAAACAAACAAGAACAUAGACACAAACACAGCCAACAACCCGUCACCAUCGAUGCUCUUCAAUUCCCUCUCGCAUCAAGAUUGCACUUUGAAGGAACAAUCCACUAUUCCAAAACAGUGCAAAACAGAGGAAAACUUUUCCUAUUUUCAACUACCUGAUGCUAACUUGAACUGGGAGGAUAAGGUUCAUCCAAGCCCAUACAUUCAAUAUCCCUUGUAUUCUGAUAUGGAUUGCAAUGUCUUGGGGAUCUCAGCAGCUGCCAUUGAUUCAGACAUUACUACCCAUGAGAUGUCCACUUCAAUUGCUUUCAACAGGGCCGGCUUUCAGAUGAUGAUGUUAGAUACUUCCUUCAGACUCCCUGCAGAAUCUUGGCCAGUAGAUUCUUAAGAUCUUCGAGUGUCCAAACAGCUAGUGCCAUACUAGUUCAUAUGUAUACAGUAUAUCAUCUAUAGAAUGUAUCCCCUGUGCUCAUUAAUGUACUGCAGCACUAAAUGUAGCGCUAUCGAUCAUCCUGAUAUAAGGUCGAUCCAUGCACGUAUCUAUGUAGUAAUUUAAGGAUUUUUAAUGAUAUGCAUUUUUCCCCUCUUGUUAGACGCUUUUCUUACGCGACUACUAAGAAUAACAAUGCUCCCAUCUCCCUAGAUAUCGAGCUAAAAAGGGGACGGAGGGAGAGGGUGAGGGUGAGCAGCAAAGGGUACUGUUUGAUGUGACACG